AUGAAAAUUAGCAAUGAAAUGAAAAUAUUAACAAAUAAUUCUUCCGAGGUGACAGAAUCUAAGUCACAACCAGUUUCAACCAGUGAUCCAGAUGAAAGAAACAAAGAUUCAGCAAAAUAUCCUCUUGAUGGAAGAUCUGUUGUUCCAUGGGAUUCAAAUCAGAAAGACACCACUGUCCUACUUUCAACCACUUCAUCACAGAAAACACUUCAAACAAAUGAAACAGAAAUGAUUCAAUCAACGUGCAUUCUUUCUCACGCUUCAACAGUAACUUCUUCUACUUCAUUCCCUGACAAAAGAAAUGUCAACUGGGCAUUUUCAAACCAACAUAUUUCUUCUUAUCCUUUAGAAAAACUAGAUUCAAUUAAUCUUGACUCAACAAAUCCAGUUUUAAUUAAAAAACAAUCAGUAAAAUUUCAUGAAUCAAACAGAUUACAAAAUGAUCAAAAAUCAAAUGUCACUGUAACUAGACCAAAUUUUUUAUCAGAUUUCAUAUUGAUAAAAUCUACACACCCUGAUCAGCCAUCGAUUAAACGCCUUAUUUCACCUGAUGAUUUGAAAAAUGAACGUACUAUUCGAAGGCAUUAUAAUAUUACAAAUAAUCAAAAUCUAAAUCAAUCUGUCUUAUUACAGAAUGAAGGACAAGAUGAAUUUGUACCAUUUAUUUAUUCAGUAAAAGAUCCUACACUUUUAAAUCAUCAUAACCGAGAAUUAUUAUUAAAUAGUCAUCCAGAAAUACAAUCAAAUCAACCAUUUGAUGUAGCUUGGUUGAAAGCUCAACAAAGGAUGGAAUUGAUCAAUUCAAAUAACACACGAAACGGAAUUCGUCGAUCUUGUCGUGAUUUCACUCAGCACCAAAUCAGUGCAGAACCCACAUUUACGAACAUGCAAUCAAGUAUUAUGCAUUUAUCUCCAACAAGAACACAUAAAGAACAUUUCGCCUCUAGAAUUCCACCUACCAGUAAAAAUAAUAAUGUACUUUUAAUGACACAAUCUAGUUUACCAGCUGGAUUUCCUGAACAACAAUCAGAAUACUUUAUACAUUACAGACAUAAAUCUGAUAACCUUGUUCAUAAUAACCCUAAUUUUGUCACAGAUAUGAGAUCGACUCGCAUGUCAAGCGAUUCUACACAUGUACAGUAUUAUCCUCAAAGAAAUCGUUCAUAUAAUUCUGAGAAUUCCUGUAUGACAGAUUUAUUUGCACCAAGUUACAACAGUAGUAUGACGCAAUCUGUAUUCUUCCCUCUAGAUUCAGGAUGGGGCCCACCAGAUGUUAAAUCAAAUGAUUCAACCAGCGCUAAACACAAAAAACAUCAUUCAAAUAUGAUUCGUUCACACAGUCAACGUACUGCCGAUCCACAAACUACUUUAUUAGAAGGUAAUCAAUUAAGCACGUCCUCAGAUCACACAAGAUGUUCAAUACCUUCAAAAUAUUAUCAUCGUAACUUAAGUCAAACAGUACCAGCCAAUCCAGAUAGUAAUUCCAUUUGGCCUCCAGUUCUUGUUCAAUGGCAUAGAAGACGACCAAAUGUUGCUGCUAGUUCAGAAAAUUUCCCCGACAUAAUAGAUUACCAGGGAAGUAAGAGAUACAAUGAGAAUCUACACAUUCCAGCUGAAUACUACAGACAUCGAAAAUCAGAUUUUCCACGUCAUCAUAGUAGUAGUACAACAGCGAUAUCUGAACAACUUGAAAAUCAACUAUGGUUUCACUGUGAUCUUUCACGUUCACAUGCAGAAAAAUUAUUGAAAUCUACACCGACAGGUAGUUUUCUUGUAAGAAGAAGUGAGACAAGUAAAACAGAACUAUCACUAUCAAUAAAACGAGAAAGUGAUGUACUCCAUAUGAAAAUUUCACAAGAUCCUGAAACUGGAGGUUAUGUUUUAGGCGAAUAUAGUCAACCAUAUCCAAGUGUUUCAUCUAUGAUUUAUCGUUAUUCACGAACUUUACUACCAGCUUGUUAUUUCUGGUUGUUUUUUAUUGCUAAUUUUUAUAAAUGGUUUAAAAAAAUCAAGGGAUGUCAAGUUAGUUACCAAAUAUAUCGCAACAUGUUCCCGAUAGAUUCUUGCCAAAAAAGAUAUCGUCGAAUACUUCAACGCAAAAAAGAAAGGCGAAAACAGGAAAAAGUUCGCAGGAAGAUAGCUUCGCGCAAUAAAAUAAGGGAAGAUAUAGAACUAAACCGUUAUCACAGCAAAAAGUUCCUGAAAAACGAGGUCUCCAACAGAUUGCAGAUCGCACUGUAUGAAGGAAUAAGGAUCUACAUAGAUUGUUCUUAUGAAGCUCUUAUGUCUCCUAAAGAAUGUAAUAAAUUCGCUCAACAACUAUGUCGUCUUUAUGGCGCAAACAAAAAAGCAACGAAGCCCUUAAGCAUCAACCUUGUGAAUUUUUCACAACAUGGACCUUUGUUCCAUGCUUGCCAGUCCAAAUGUGAUGGAUUCCUAAAGUAUAAGAUUGGAUUGUACUCUGAAACACCAUCAAGCAUCACGCCAGAAAAUAUAGAAAUCGUGUACCUCAGUCCGGACGCAAAGGAACCAUUGAUAUCUAUAUCGGAAAAUUGUGCGUACGUCCUAGGAUGUCUUGUGGAUGAGCAUAUAUUAAAGGGACGAAGCCGACAAGAAGCUGAGAAUCGGGGUUACCGUGCCGUGCGACUCCCAAUUGAAGAGUUUACAUCUGGAAAAAUAUCUAACCCUGUGUUAGCGAUAAAUCAUGUCGUCGAUAUAAUGUUAGCAUACAUGGCAAAUGGUGGCGACUGGAAGGAGGCCUUAUAUUCUAAAUUGCCCGGACGAUUUUUGAGAUAA